UUCCGGGUUGAAAUUCUAAAUAGCCCAUAACUUGUUAUUUGACUAAAAUUUGGUUACUAAUGAUUUGAUUGAAAUAUUUACCACUAUUAUAAAUUCAAGAAGCACUAUGUGCCAAAACUUACAAUUGUUUUGUGCAGUAAUAAGGAUUUACAUCUAUUCGUUCUUUAGGAGGAUGUGUGGCCAGGAUCCUCCAGCAGCAAAGCCUAACUUUACAGUUCUGUGUCUUGGUUUGUCUAAGACAGGGAAAAGUACCUUGUUGUCAGUUUUAAGUGGGGAAAGCACAGAAAAUAUUGAACCAACUGUGGGUUUCAGUAUAAAAGCCUUGAUAUUUAGUAAUUGUAUUGUUGAUGUCAAAGAACUAGGAGGAGGAGACAGUGUACGCCCGUACUGGGAUAAAUACUUUGGGGGAGCAGAGGGCAUCAUAUUUGUUGUAGAUAGCUCUGCUAGUGAUGAAGGUCUACAGCUGACCAACACUACCCUCCAUCAAGCACUUGCUGACCCUGAACUUGAUAAUCUUCCUUUGAUGGUGCUAUGUAACUAUAGUGACAAAGAAGGGGCCAAGUCCAAGGAAGAGUUGCAGAAAAUCUUGGAAUUGGAUUUGGAAUCUAAGAGUCGACACUGGGAAAUCCAUUCCUGUACCAGCUCAGAUAGAGAUAGCAUCAGAGUGGCAUUCGAGAGCUUCAACAAAAAGCUUUUAGAGUCCAAGAAAACAGAAGAUGGAUUUAACAAGAUUUGCGCAAUGUCUGAACUUGAAGAAGGAGAAAUAACAGACUCUGACAAUGACAAUGAAUCCCAACCAAAGAAAGAUGAAAAUAAAACUUCAUUACCAACAUCCACAUCAAGUCAUAACAUGGUGGUCCCUGCUGUGAGUUACAGAUCUAGUAAACCUCAUCCUGAGGACAGUGAGGAUUCAGACAGCUCCUCGUACAGUGAUGAGGACACGCCGCUGUGGAGAUGCAAGAAAGCUAAAUAUUUCUCCUCUAGCAGACAUGAUGAGAAGAGCAUGGUGACAGAACUACCAGAGGAGAUCAAAUCUCCUAUACGCAAAAACGACAGACCUGCAAGUAGAAAUGUAAAUCCCCAAACAGCCAAAAGGAAAAUAAACAAUAUCUGGGGCUCUGUCCUGACUGAGCAGAGUCUUACACAAGACUUAAAAGAUGUGGGAGUUAAAACUUUAACAUGUGAUGAUAGCCGCAAUGUUGAAAAGUAUGACUUUACACUGAAGUAUAAUGACACUAGGCCAGAUUUGGCCAAUGAAUUAAGUGACAAUGAAAGCCAUGAUCCAUUCAAUAAGGUGGUAGAUCUACCAGAGAUGGAUGCUAACUCCAGCAGAAAACGAAAACGAACUCGCAAAGAAAGACGCCCUGUGAAAGAGAGAGUAAAAAUGCACGAUGAUAGAGACUUUGAAGAGCCUCUUCCAGACUUAGAGGCAGACAAAAUUGUGAAAAUGAUCACCAGAAAACUGAAUGAACCUAAGGUGUACCUCAUAGAGAGAAUAUACAGAAUAAUAGGCAAAGAGAAAACCUUGGACUUGUUUUACAAAACACAGGACAUAGAAGAGGCUGGUGGAUUACUUAUACAGAAUAAAACAAGAAGACGUUCCCCUGGAGGUGUCUUCAUUCAUCUGCUGAAAUCCGACAAAAGCGUUUCACCUGAACAGGUGGAUGAAAUUUUUGCCAAGGAAGAGCAGGAGUUUAUACAAUCACUUGAAGAGAGAAAACAGAAGAGAAAAGAACUAAAACAAAGGAGGAAGGAGAGGAGAAAGCUAACCAGAUUACUUCCACAGUCCAAGUUAAUGCAGAAGUCGGGGGUAUCAAAAGUCAAAGGGGAUCUCAAUAGUGAGAAAAAGCCUGAAGUUACCAUGGAAAUGACAGACAGUGAAAAUGAAAGCUUACACAGUGAGCCAGAGGAUGGUCUCCAUGUUCUGGAUGUGGAUGAUAAGGAUGUUGUUGAUAUAGACAUUGGAGUGGAUGAGACUAUUGACUAAUCUUGGGUGAAAUAUUUGACUGUACCCUUUUGUUUUGAAGGAACUUCAUUGUCAUCUGGUAAUGGCUAUAGACAUGGUGAUAAGUGAAUCAUGGUUUGCCAGUGAAUCAUGAUUACUGUAAAUAUACACAGGAAAAGGCAGGCCUGCUUCUAUUGGAACUUUGAAAGUCUAUUUUGUUGUUCAAUCUUGCCUAGCUUACAGCAAGUUCUGUUAACAGACUGAUUCUGGCGAGUAAAAUUAACGUUCGUGGAGGAUCAAACUUAUGUUUAUAAAUUAAACAUUUUUAAGAGUGUUUUGUUAUCAAUGUUCCUGAUUAUUGUAGCUUACACAGGCAAACCAAAAAACUGUUUUGACUUAUUUUUCCAAGUGAGAGAUAUGUUAACAAAUUUACAAAGUAAAAAAAAACAUAUGCUUUGUAUAUCAUUUUACCUCUGAAACAUGAGUUAAAGGGUUGGAUAUUUUCAAACAUCUGUUAUUGUAAAAGACAUUGUAUUAAUUUGUUCUUUUGUACCAUAAAAUGUCUUCUUUUUGGAAAACUGUUAAGCCAAACGUGUUUUUUUUUUUCGUCAACUUCAUAACUACAGUUUACAAGGGUGUAUCUUGCAGGCUAAAUCAAUCAGGAGCAUUCAAUUAAAAAAAUUUGGGCACUGUUAAAUCUGUUUCUAUCUACAAUAAUUUGUCUUUUGUGGAACCUUAAUAACUGCAUUAUAAUCAAAUUAUUAUACAGUUGAAAGAAAAUGCACUAUUGUUUUAUUAUUUUGUCAAUACUGUUGAAACAAAAAUGUACGGUAUAAAACAUUAAAUAAAUUCGUAAUAUGUUAUGAUAUUAAUAAGAUCUUC